GUCUAUGGUUUGGUUCAGGCGAGCAUGUGUGAAUGUAACAACAGAAGCAUUCAUUUGAACUUGUCUCCCAGACUCAAGGGAUUAUGGCUUCUCGUUCUCUUGAAACCUCCAGUCCACAUGUGUCCAGAAUUCAGACGGCCCUCCACAAAGGAGCACCCUGCCCACUGGCUAACUGCAAUGGCGUGAGGCUUCCAGGAACCCAUCCCAACCCCUUCCCAGUUGCUGACCAUGGAUACCUCUGCCCAGGGUCAGCAGGAGAUCUUGUUGGCAGUGUGGACCGAUUCGAACCAGAGCCUCACUUGCCCAAAGCAUGGGAAUGCCAGAGACUGCCCAAGGUGCAAGAGCCAAGACAAGAAGAGACAUGGAAAAUAAAAUCCCGGUUCAUCUCCUUCAUGAAGGUCCCGAUGCUGCUUUUAUUUCUCUACAUGUUUGUGUGCUCCCUGGAUGUCCUUAGCUCAGCAUUCCAGCUGGCAGGAGGCAAAGUUGCUGGAGAUAUUUUCAAGGACAAUGCUAUUCUGUCAAACCCAGUUGCUGGGCUGGUGGUGGGGAUCCUGGUGACUGUUCUGGUUCAGAGCUCCAGCACAUCAACGUCUAUCAUUGUCAGCAUGGUAUCCUCGGGAUUAUUUUCAGUAGAAGCUGCCAUUCCUAUUAUCAUGGGCUCAAACAUUGGGACCUCAGUCACAAAUACAAUAGUAGCGCUAAUGCAGGCUGGAGAUAGGAAUGAAUUUAAGCGUGCGUUUGCUGGUGCCACAGUCCACGACUGCUUCAACUGGCUCUCUGUGCUGGUGCUGCUGCCCCUCGAGGUUGCCAGCGGACUCCUGUAUCACCUCACUGUGAUUGUAGUGGAAACUUUCCAGAUCCGGAGUGGAGAGGACGCUCCUGAGCUGCUGAAGAUCAUCACUGAGCCUUUCACAAAACUCAUCAUACAACUGGACAAAUCUGUGAUCACAGGCAUUGCGACUGGAGACGAAAGUCUGAGGAAUAAGAGCCUGGUGAAGGUGUGGUGCAGGACCAGCGUCUCUGUGUCCUCUCUGAAUGUCACAGUGAGCACUCCCUUGAACUGCACCUCACCUGAACUCUGCUGGACAGAGGGAGACACAACCUGGACCACGGUUAACCAGACACUGGAUACCCAUACUGAUAAAUGUAAUCACCUCUUUGUGAAUUCUGGCAUGCCAGACUUGGUGGUGGGGCUCAUUCUGUUAGCUGCCUCACUGGUGGUUCUCUGCACCUGCCUGCUGCUGCUGGUCAAGCUGCUCAACUCUGUCCUGAAGGGGCAGGUUGCUAAAGUGAUCCAGAAAGUCAUCAACACAGAUUUUCCAUAUCCAUUUGGGUGGCUGACAGGAUACCUGGCCAUGGUUGUAGGAGCAGGGAUGACAUUCAUCGUUCAGAGCAGCUCAGUGUUCACGUCUGCCAUCACCCCACUUAUUGGUAUUGGUGUGAUUAGUAUUGAACGUGCCUAUCCACUCACUCUCGGCUCCAAUAUUGGCACCACCACCACUGCCAUUCUGGCUGCCCUGGCCAGUCCGGGGGACAAGCUGGCAGCAGCUUUUCAGAUUGCUCUCUGUCAUUUCUUCUUCAACAUCUUUGGUAUCCUCCUGUGGUACCCCAUCCCUUGCACACGCUUGCCCAUCCGCAUGGCCAAGACCCUUGGGGAGCGCACCGCCAAGUACCGCUGGUUCGCAGUGCUCUACCUGAUCAUUUGUUUCCUCCUUCUGCCUUCACUGGUCUUCGGGCUCUCCAUGGCUGGGUGGCAGGUCAUGGUGGGAGUAGGAGCUCCCUUUGCAGGGAUCUUGGUUUUCAUCGGCUUCAUCAACUGCCUUCAGACCAGAAGCCCAGACCACCUGCCAAAGAAACUGCAGAGCUGGGACUUCCUCCCCGGAUGGAUGCAUUCUCUGAAGCCAAUGGACACAUUCAUCACCAACGCCACGCUGUGCUGCACAGACCAUUGCAGCUUCUCAAAGGAGAGCGACACCCAAGACUUGUGUGCAUUCCCAGAGAAGUCUCCCCAGGGGAAAGACAAGCUAGCUUAUGAGAACCCAGCCAUUGCCUAUCUGGAUGAGAGCCCAACAGCCACCCCUGUGCUGACCCUCCGCGGACUAGAGAGGCAGAAAAGCACACAGCUUUAGGUGAUGGGUUACAGAGUAGAUUUGUUUUUCAAUGUUAUUUGAUCAAUCUUUACUAGUUUGACUGCACACUGUUUUAACAGGAUCCCAGCCAAAGGCAUGUUUGUAUACAAAAGAACCAAUUGAUUCUCCUGUGGUUAUGAAUGGCAGGUAAUUUUUUUUAGACAUUUGUUAAAUAGGAAAGUGUAUGUUUUCUUUUUUAUGAUUGUUUGUAUUGUGCUAUAACAUUAAUAAAAAGAAAAAGCAGGAACUGAAAAA